AUGGCAGACUCUAUGAAGACACUCCAAGUUCCUCACUUGGGAGGCAUCGACGUCGGCUACCGGUUGUCGAGCUCUUCAGUAGACAAGGCCAAGCCUACGCUUGUCCUCUUCAACCCCUUCACUGCCACCGCGGACUAUUAUCUGCCAGAGUUCAAGAACACCGCCCUCAGAAAUGCUGCAAACCUGCUAGCCAUCGAGCCUAUGGGCCAUGGACGCACUCGAGCCAAGAAGACUGAGUCAUUCACCUACUGGGAUACAGCAAUCAUGAGUCUCCAGCUUCUAGAUGCCCUUGGAAUCGAUCGAUUCUUUGCUCUCGGAACAUCUCAAGGGGGGUUCAUUGCGGUCAGGCUCGCAUUAAUCGCACCAGAGAGGGUGAAGGGUGUGAUCCCCAUUGGCUCAUCUAUGGACUCAGAGUCUCCCAGGAGUCGUGAGCUCGGCUGCUGGGACGGACCAGGUGCCUGUUCUGGCCUCGUGACCCUCGGCGGUAACCUCGCCCCUGCGCCCGACUUUGAGCCCGGCGACGCGUACUAUGACUUCCUGAUGGAGAUUGGUUUUGGGAAGCACAUUGACAAGGCCACCAGAGACUUCUGGGCCGAGACCAUCCGGGACAACUACAACGGCGACGAAGGCAAGCGCCGGAUCUGCAUGGCUGCUGUGACUCUUGCGGGUCGGGAUGGACUGCACGAGCGCCUGCCGUACAUCCGAUGCCCGGUUCUGUGGUUCCAGGGGACGGACGAUGUGGUGUUCAGCGUCGCGGAGGCUGAGCAGGACAUCAAACUCUUCACAAACUCCGAAGAGGCAAGGUUGGUCAAGUGUGAGGGUGGAGUACACUUCCUGAGCCGCACACACGGAGACAAGAUUCAUAAGGAGCUGAUCGAUUUCAUCACAAAAUGGAAAGCCAAUGUCCAGAUGGGUACCUCGGACCAAGAACCUGACGCACAGUCCAGCAACGGCUCGGCCUCCGGGUACCGGAGACAUGGCCAGGACGGCCUGAACCGACCAAACAAGAGGCGAAGGGUUGCAUUGGCCUGCAGCAACUGCCGCCACCGCAAGUCCCGCACUGAUGCGAAUCCCCCGCGUUUGCAACAGUGUGACGGGAGGCGCCCUAGGUGCUCUCUGUGUAUCGAAUUGGGCUGUGAAUGUGUUUACGAGCAAGCCGGCGUGACCACAAACUUGACGGUAGGAAGAAGCUACCUUGAUCGCCUGGAGAAGCGGUUACAAGACAUCGAGUCGAGCCUGGCCAGAGUUCAUCAAACUCAAGGGGCGACCGUCGUUGAUGUUUCCACGCCGCCUCAAGAUGGCCACAAUGUGCGCCCAAGACACGGGAGUGUCAGCUCACGGGCUUCAAAUUCCAUGGUCUAUCCCAAUGUCGUGGGCAUUGGAGAGGCUGAGGGUGAGCUUGACACUGCCGAGGACUCAAUCGAUGGCAUGGGAGCGAUCAAAUUUACGGACGAGGAAGACUGGGGCUACUUUGGCCCAUCAUCCAACAUAGCAUUUCUCCGCCACAUAUCUCUAGCCAUGGCCCGAAUGGGGGAUCUCAGCCAGUCGAUGCCCUCGCCAUCAAAUCGGGCACGAGAUGUGGCAGGAGGUAUGAGUGUGUCCCGGCCACACCCAGUAGAAGACGACACAAACGCAGGACGGUUUGGUCGCCUUCACGGCGGCGUCAACAUCUACGCGCUGCCUUCAGAGGCGCGGACUUGGAGCCUCAUUAAAGAGUAUUUUCAAAAGACCGGACAACUGCUACCGUUCGUUCAUGAGGAGACAUUCUGCGCGACAUUCUUUAAGAUGAAGCGGAGCAAUUUUACAAUGGCUCGUAGGACCUGGCUUGGUCUUCUGAACAUUAUUCUGGCCAUGGCCACGACUCUCCAUGUCGAUCGCACAAUAUCGUCGGAGAAGAGAAUUGAAGAGUCUGAUGUCUAUUACCAAAGAGCUAUUGGGCUUUGCGACAAGGAAUCCCGGCGAAACAUCAGUCUCGAGCUAGUUCAAUACCUGGUUAUCUUGGGCCAGUAUCUCCAAGGCACACAAAAGUCAGUCCAAGCGUGGACGGUACAUGGGCUGGCCAUCACAACGGCGUUGCAGCUCGGCCUGCAGUCUCCCAAGACGAAUAAUAGAUUCCCACCCCUAGAAUGCGAGAUCCGGAAACGCGUCUGGUUUGGGUGCAUUCUCCUUGACCGGACGUUGAGCAUGACUUUCGGCCGACCGUCAAUGAUCCAUGAGAGCUACAUCAAACUUGACAUGCCCAUCAUCAACCUUCAAGUCGUUGGAUCAACACCACAGCCCGACCCGGUGCCACAGAUGGACGGAAUGUACUACACCGCUACCCUCAAAUUAUACAACAUAAUGUACCGCAUCAUCGACACUUGCUACGGACAGAACCUGGGACUCGAGGAAUGCCGAACAGACUCGGAGCUCAUCUCCAUCGUCCUAAGAGUAGAAGAGGAGCUCGACGAGUGGAAGUGCCAGCUCGCUCCACUUCAGAUGCGCGUUGUCGAGAUGCGUCUGAGCCUCGAGGAGCUCGAGGCUAUUGAUGUCAACAACAAGAUCACGGAACGUUUUUUCAUCGUCUUGUCUCUACGAUACCACAAUCUGCAGAUCUUGUUGCACCGGCCGAUCCUGGAAAAGUUCCUCGAAGGAUGCGGACGCUCUGCCUCUCUUAGAAGCAGCAGCAGCGAGAAGAGAAAGGUGCAGGGUUUGGGUAUCGGCAGCGUGGAGACUUGCGUCAACUCGGCCAUCGCUAUCAUCUCGAUUGUCCACACAAUUGUAACUUCGGACGGGUGGUAUCGCGAUCUGCUCGGCGCGUGGAACUUCUCGCUCUUCUACACUUUCAACGCAGGCUUGGUCAUCUUUGCUGCCACGCAUGUAGCCCGGAACGAAGUCCAGGGCGAUCCUAGUCAGCUCUCGCGCUGGAACUUCGUCGAGACAGCAGUCCCGUCGUUCUUCAUGGCCAUUGAGGCGCUCCAGAAUCUCGACCGAGGAAACCGAGUGGUUGAGCGGUGUGUCAACUACCUUUCCCAGCUCACCUUAGUACCAAUUACACCUUCCUUGGACGACCCAAUAGCACAUGGGCAACAGCUGAUUCGUAGCAUAAACCCUCUCGCGACGUCAAACGCUCUGCAUUCGGUCGUGACGCCGAGGCAGGCGCCUAUCGAGAUUGACCUCAACGAGUUCAUGCUGGACACGGAUCUGGACGUUCUGAAUAUGUCUUGGAUCAGCUAG